GCGUGAGUGGAACCUGCUGGGCGGAGCCAGCCGCCCAGCCGGCCACGGUCGUUACCCAGAAUCCCUCUGCCGCUGGCGAAGCCGAUGCACCCCCGGAGCAGGCCUGGACUGUGCCGCCGGCGGACUGCGGAAGAAGAAGUAGCCGGUCAGUGCGUCAUUUCCGGUGGGCGUGGUCGGGCGUGCCCACCUCUGGACUAAGAGAGAAAGUCUGGCGCUUAGGUCCUGGGAAGCUAACUAGGGUUUCUGUUGGUUCGGAUCCGAGCGGUCCAAGGGUGUUCUGACUUGUCCCUCUUCUGUAUCAAAACUACAGCUUCUUCGUGCACAGGAGUCUAAGUUGGAGUCGAGGGGGGCCGUUUUAGAACGCAGAACCAACUUUCCUUUAGCUUCAAAUUUCCCACUACAAGACUGGUCUCCAAACCCUCUUACAGCAGAGGAGGACACUAAAAAUAAAAUUCCGGAGCAAGCACGUUUGUAAAGAAUUGAAACAAGUAGUAGAUAUCAGAGGACUUUCUGUCUCUUGAAUCUUUUAGAACCGUGAAGAUCCGUAUGCUGGCUGUCUCUUUUCUUUUUGAGCCAAAAUGAGCCCCCAUAGCCCGAGAAUACAUUUAAAGAGAAAAACCCAAAGAUUGGGAAUGUACCCUAGCGCUCACUUAACACAGACAAGACCCUGAUUUCAGUUUCUAGGACCAGGGAGAGAGAAACAGAGACAUCGAAGAACUAGAAAAGCCUAACUUCACAACCUGCAUGUUUAACAAUCAGGCUUGUUAUACGAUAAGACAACAGAAUAUCAAUCUUUCACCUUUGAUUGACUGUCCACUUACAGAGCUGGGGUCAGAGGUGCAGGCUUGUUGGGGAUUUGAACUUAGGUACUCGUGCUUGCUCCGCUAGUAUUUUUACCUACGACAUCAUCUGCCUUAGCCCUGAGUGGAAGACUCUAAAGAAUGUAAGCUCCACACGGUCACAAAUCACUUCUUAGCCACACCUGUGUUGCUCAGAUCUGUUGAGUACAUACGCAGAAAUACCCAACAGAAGCAACUGAAGGGUGAAGGGAUUUAUUUUGGUUCAGUUUCGGAGGCAACAACCAUCACGUUGAACCAGCCCGUGGUGGUGGUGCAUGACGCUGUGACUCCUCACCUCUUGGCAGAACAGGCUGGGGUUGUGCACAGAAACAAAAUUAGUGUUCUAGAAACCCAUCAUUGCUGGAUUGACACAAAGACCUUUCCCGUGCUUUAUGACACAAGCACUGAGUCACAGAGGGCCCGCGGCUCCUAGCACCUGAGAAGCCCUAGCCGGUUGGGCUAAAUUUUGCCCGCGUGGGGCUGAUGGGGAAAGAUGGAAUUUCUUGGAACCAUUCAGACAGCGAGUUACUGUGGCUCCAAGAAAGACUGUGACUUCCAGGGGCUGCCCCCUGCUGGGCAGGACCCUAUGGUACAGGAGUGCUACCACCAACCCUUUCACCUGCCCCGGUGCCGCUCUGCGUGGAGACCCAGAGUCUUCUACAAGGUCGCCCCCAGCCAGACAUGUCCGGAUUGCGCAGGCGACCGGCGGCCGCCCACCACCCUGCCCUCGCUCCGCUCCCCGUUCUCCAAUCGCUAUACCCAACGCGAGUGGGACCGCUCCAAUGAUCUGCUGAUCAGUGUGGCAGAGGCAUCGCGGCUCCGGGCCAGCCGGAUGACAGACGACUCCCUACGGAUCAUACACGACAAGGACCAGCUGAUACGCCAGAUGCAAGAGGGAACCUCCCGGAACCUGGGCCAGAGGCUAUCGGACAUCCGCUUCUGGAAGUCUGGGUUGUGCCACGAGCGGGACAUGCUUAUGGCAGAAUCCAACAGCCUGAAGAUCCUGAAGAGGCGCUUGGAGUGCGCGGCUGAUGAGGCGGACAGUCCCCUGCAGAUGGCUCUGGACUGUCUGUACAAUCCAGGGGAAAGGCUCGGGAUUGACCUGGUCUAUGACAACCUGGGGAAAAACCUUAUCCGGGAAGCAGAUUUACUAAGAUAUUGCCAAGAUCAGAUGAGAAAAUUAGCCAAACGAAUUGAUUUCCAGAUACAAAAUAACCGAGAUGCUCAGCAUGCCCUAGAGCGGGACAUUGAGGACAAGAGCUGUGCACAGUCAAUUGACGAGAGAUGUUUAAACCUAAAAAACACACCUGACUCCAUCAACUUCUUCCGUGGCAUGGAGAAGUUUGAGGAAACGAUCUCCGAUCCUGAUACCUGGGCCAAGUUCAGCAACAACAACAUCAGACACGCGCAGAACAUGCGGGCCAAGUCUGCCCAGCUGCGGGAGGAGGCGGAGCACCUGUUCGAGACCUUGUCAGACCAGAUGUGGAGGCAGUUCAACAACAUCAACCUGGUCUGUCCUACUGCCCAACCCGGAGCUCCGCACCGCCCCACCAGAGUUCAGGCUUGGGGCAAACACCAACUACGACCUAGCAGCUGCAGACCCGUUUUCUAGGAAGGCAGAUAGAUACCACUCACGAGCCAGCAGCCGUGGUUCAAUCCUGAAGGAACCUCCAGGCUUUUUCUUUUCUUCUUCUUUUUUUUUUUUAUACACAGUCACCUUUAUUAGUUAUACCCCAGGUUAUUUUUCUUAAAAUAAUAUUUUACAUCACUAAAGCAAUAGCACCACAUUAAAUUCAUGCAUCCCUAAUACAUGUGUCUUGAUCGUUA